AUGGCGAGUUACUCUCGUUUGCGUCUACUCUCGACUCUCAGAGUGCCUCUUGCCAAACGCUGCUACUCGACCGAAUCGCGGUUAGCCUCGGACCAUGUUCGCAUCGUCGAAGUUGGUGCUCGUGAUGGGUUGCAGAACGAGAAAAAGUCCAUCUCAAUGGAAACGAAAUUGGAAUUGAUUCGAAGACUGGCUAAGACGGGUGUCACUACUAUUGAAGCUGGCUCGUUUGUCCCCGCAAAAUGGGUGCCGCAGAUGGCCAGCACGGCUGAGAUCUGUGAACACCUUUUGACCUCCCCCCCGCCAUCUCAAAGCACAAUUGCCUACAAUUAUUUAGUCCCCAACAUCAAGGGACUGGAGAGUCUCGUGAAGAUCAUGGAAGCCAAGGGGGUCUCAGCAGGGUCGCCCAGCUCGGAUUCACAGUCUGCUACUACCACGGAAGUCUCCCUGUUCGCGGCAGCCACGGAGUCUUUCUCCAAGGCCAACACCAAUUGUACCAUUGCCGAGUCAUUGGAACGCAUCAAACCCAUUGUUGCCUUGGCCAAGAAUAAAAACAUCCGCGUGCGAGGAUACGUCUCGGUCGCGCUGGGCUGCCCCUACGAAGGUCCCGAAGUGAGCCCGUCGAAAGUGGCCGACAUCACCGCAACUCUGUUAGAGAUGGGAGCAGAUGAGGUGUCCGUGGCCGACACCACCGGAAUGGGAACAGCACCGCGUACCCUGGAACUAUUGAAGGCCCUCAAGGCGGCCGGUAUCGCCAAUAGCGAUCUGGCUCUUCAUUUCCACGAUACAUACGGCCAGGCCUUGGUAAACACCAUCGUCGGCCUGGAGCACGGCAUUCGGAUCUUCGAUAGCAGUGUCGGAGGAUUGGGCGGCUGCCCAUACUCCAAAGGUGCUACCGGGAACGUUUCUACCGAGGACCUCGUCCACACAAUUCACAGUCUCGGAAUGCACACCGGGAUCAGCUUGGAAGAGAUGUCUCGAAUUGGCGCCUGGAUCAGCGAGGAGCUGGGCCGCGCAAAUGACAGUCGAGCUGGCAAGGCCACCAUGGCCCGAUUGAUGGAGUCUAAGUAA